CAGCUCGGUUUGUUCUAGGGUUUCUUCGUUUCUCUACAAUGGCUACAAUACUAAGCGAUGAAUCGAUGGCAAAACGAGGUUCGACGAAGGAACUAUUGGCGUUGGAGGAGGAUGCUGACUCUUCUUCGCGUAUCAAAAACCAAAAGGUCGACGAGGAGGAAGACGAUGAUAGCAGCGGUAGCAGCGACAUCGAUAUGGAUUUCGGCACGGACAGCGAGUGGAUUCAGUAUAGAUACGUUUCAAAAGAACCAGAGUGGGGCUACGAUAGCUUUGAUGGUCGCGAAUUCAAAAUCAAUCCAAGGAUUCGUAAGUUGUCUCCUAACCAGGAACUUUACGACAUAUACUACAACAACAGGCUUAAGGCUUUCGAGAGUAAGGGUUUUCUUCCUGAUCCUUCGGUCGGAAUCUACGAGCUCAAUAUCGAGAGGAAGAACGGUGAGAGGGAUUUAAUUGCAGAUCUUGCUAAUGUCUGUGUUAAGAAGUUCAACGAGACCAUGAACAAGACUUUGGAAUUGGUGAAUGUUGUGAGAGUUAAUGUAAGUGGACUAGCUAAAUGGAAGUUGUACAUCACGUUCAUGGCUUGUGAGUAUGGUGAUGGGCCUCUUGUUGAGUACCAAGCCAAGGUUAUACAUUCUAUAAUGAAACUGGAGGUACCUCCUUUCCCAGUUCUUUGCAGACCAAGUCCUAAACCAGAAAUCUAG